AACCUGUGUCCUCCUCGUACUUCCUUUCGGCCAAACUUCGUUCCGGUCCCUCUUCACAAUCAGCUUGGCGCUCUCACUGCGAUCCUCGCUCUUGUUGCUUCGCUUUCGCUGUACAAUCUCGCAGCAAUGGAGGUCUCUUCCAUCGCCACCAUCUCCAAGGCGUAUCUCUCGUCACCUUCAUCAGAUACAUUUACGCAUGGAAGGAUAAAAUUUCCCAAAUGGCGGCAAGUGCUGUUUUUUUCAACAUCUGGAAGGAGUGCAAAGACUUUAGAUGGUCAAGACAGUUCAUCUAUUCAAAAGCGUCGUUGCAUAAAGGUUUUCUGCAGCCAGAAGAAAGAAAUUCAUACCGUGUCAGCCAGGUGCAUGGAUGAUGUAUAUGAAGCUUUGGCUGAACGUCUAGUCCCUACAGCAUCAGUUGCCUCAAAUCCUAAUUCAAAGUACAUUUUGGGUUUGGCCGGUCCUCCUGGUGCUGGAAAGUCCACUCUAGCAUCAGAGGUAGUUCAAAGAGUGAAUAACUUAUGGCCUCAAAAUGCUUCUUCUUUUGAUUCUCAAGUGGAACCAAUGGAUGUUGCAAUAGUCCUUCCCAUGGAUGGCUUCCAUUUGUAUCGCUCUCAGCUAGAUGCUAUGGAGGACCCGGAGGAAGCACAUGCAAGAAGAGGAGCUCCAUGGACAUUCAACCCUGAGCUGCUGCUUACUUGUCUCAAAAACCUGAGGGAUCAGGGAUCAGUUUAUGUGCCAUCCUUUGAUCACGGCAUUGGAGAUCCAGUAGAAGAUGAUAUCUUUGUGAGCCUCCAGCACAGAGUGGUUAUUGUUGAAGGCAAUUAUUUGUUAUUGGAAGAAGGGGUCUGGGAGGAUGUGUCAUCCAUUUUCGAUGAGAAGUGGUUUAUUGACGUUGACAUUGACAAAGCCAUGCAAAGAGUUUUAAAGAGGCAUAUUUCCACAGGAAAGGCUCCGGAUGUUGCUAGAUGGCGGAUAGAGUACAACGAUCGACCCAAUGCAGAACUUAUAAUGAAGUCAAAGAAGAAUGCCGAUUUGAUAAUCAAAUCAAUCGACUUCCAAACGUGAAUCCCCUGUGUCUGCUUUUUCAAGGAAUAAGAAUCCCGGUUUGGAAACCCUCGGGAUUUGAAUGAUCGAGGCCCAAUGCCUAAGCUCUCUAUUGAGAAAUAAUGGAGAUUAUACCGUGGUCCAGAUGAAGGAUGCAACUAGUGCUUUUCUGGUCAAUGCAGCCAGAAAGUCAAAUCAACUGAACUGUGCAAAGCAGUCAAGGAGAGCACUUCCAAAGUGUAGUUUAAGGAAUUAGCUCUCCAUGGGCCAGAAUAUAGUUAGUUUCGGGGCGCGGGGGAAUUGAUAAAAUGCACAAUGGAGUGCAUGACAAUGAUUAAACUUUGUUGACGCCAUUUAGGAUGUAUAUGCCAUUUAGUGAAUGAUGUUUGCCAAAGUUUUAAUUUGCUAUCCGUACGGUCAAAUCACUGUUCUGCUGGAGCUUUUUCUGGGUGUAAUUUCUACUGCGAUUGGGCAA